AUGCCACCCAAAGCCUCCCAAACUGUAGCGGUCCCAGGAUACGUCCGCCCGACAUUUCGGCGCAUUGGCCAUCUCACAUCCGGCGAUCGUCCGAAUCAACCCAGUGGUACCCGACUCGAGUACAUGGUUGUAGCAACCGUGACAUCGACCGACCACGUCAAGUUCUACGGAAUCGACACAUGGAAGCUUCCAAUAGGCCGCGUUGGAGCAUAUAAGUCUAUGGAUUAUCUUCCGUCCGUACACGUUCGACCUCCGAUCGGUCCCGUAAGGCCGGAUCGAUAUUUUCGCUUGCCACUGGAAGUCAGAGAUGUCCCUGCUGCCGUGAGAGGUUACAACGGCUUGGUCUCAGAGGGCAACGCUGGGGACGCAGGGGUCCGUGCAAGAUCGACGCCGCUAUGGCCUGAGGAUCACACCGGCGAGUGGAACUACACGCCCAAUGCAGAUACAAGCGGCGGGGAUAUCGCAGCCGUGGUGACCUUUGUGAAUGAAGGUGCCCCACAGCACAUGGGUCUGGAGCGGAACUUCAACCUCUGGCUAGACGCAGACGAGACCUAUGCAUCGUUCAGAACGUUCGUGGAAGCAACGGCACCGACCUAUGAUGAGAAUCGAACCCUCGGACCGCUGAUGAACGACGACGACUCGCCGUUCAACUAUUGGACGGAUUUGGAAUUUUGGGUUCUGCCGAGGGGCGAGACGGAGUUGGUAGAGUGGACAAGAGAGGACGACGCAGCUAAGAUGAAGGCAAGAGACUGGUUGAGGAUGUGGACGGUGGCUCCAGGUGCGGUUGUCAACCGGCUGUUGUUUAUAGAGGUUCAAAUCGUGCCGGAUCCGAGACACAGAGCGAAGGACGCAGCUUUUAAGCUGAGGAUGCAGGCGGCGAACAACGCCCGGAACAACAACGGAAGUUGA